UCACUCGCAUCGACGCGAGGAUCUCCUUUCUACUUCACAAUGGCUGAGAACACCCAGGCCACUCAGGCCCCCGAGGUUGACUACUCCCUCAACAACCCCGAUACCUUGACCAAGUACAAGACCGCUGCUGCUAUCUCUCAGAAAGUCCUCGAGGCCGUCGCAGGAUGGUGUAAGGAGGGCGAGAAGAUCGUGGAGCUCUGCCAGAAGGGUGACCAGCUGCUCGAGGAGGAGAUCUCCAAGGUCUACAAGGGCAAGAAGAUUAGCAAGGGUAUCGGUCACCCGACUACCGUUUCUCCUAGCUCCUACGUCACUCCCUACACCCCCUUGGUGUCCGAGAAGGAGGAAGCCGAGGUGACCCUCAAGGCAAACGAGGUCGUCAAGAUCCAGCUCGGUGCUCAGAUCGAUGGUUUCGGUACCAUUGUUUGCGACAUGAUCAUCGUUGGUGCUGGCGACGUCGUCACCGGCCGUGAGGCCGACCUGGUCCACGCUACCUACUACGCCAACGAACUGUUGCUGCGCCUUAUGGUCCCCCCCGGUCUCCUCGCCAGCGGUACCGAAGAGGAGAAGAAGAAGGCUGCCGCCGAGAAGGCCCCUACGCAAGCCCACAUCUCCAGCCUGCUCGAGAAGGUCGCCAAGGCCUACGAGUGCAACGUGGUUGAGAACACCACCAGCUGGAUCUUCGACCGCAACGAGAUCGAGGGUGAGAAGAAGAUCAUCCUCUCCCCCGCCAACGGCGUCCGUGGCGAUGGCGUCCCUGCCGUCGGCGAAGUCUGGGGUGUCGAGGUCGGUCUUUCUCUGGGCUCCGGAAAGGUCAAGGACUUGCCCCUUCGCGCUACCCUGCAUCGCCGUACUACCACCACCUACAUCCUCAAGCGUCCCAGCUCCCGCCAGACCCUGUCGGAGGUUGUCAAGAAGUUCGGUCAAUUCCCCUUCAGUUUGCGCCAGCUCGAGGACGAGAAGGCCGCCAAGGUUGGUGUGGUCGAGUGUGUCCGCAAUGGUGUGUUGAGACAGUACGAGCCUGCCGGUGACUCCGAAAACGCUCCGGUCUCCCGUCUGUUGACCACUCUUGCCAUCACCAAGAACGGUAUCACCCGCCUGGCCGCACCCAACGCUCCCGACCUCUCCAAGUACCAGACCGACAAGAAGAUCGAGGAUGAGGAGAUUCUCAAGAUCCUGGAGCGCCCCUUGGCCCGCUCUACCGGCAACAAGACUAACAAGAACAAGAAG